AAUGAAAAAAGGGCAGGGCAGGAAGAAUAGGAGGAGGGGAAGGAAGGGAGGGCAGGUAAAGGUGAGCUUUUACAGUACACCGCUCCUUAAACCCAGGAAAAGAUCUGAGCGCCCUGUUGACUUCUUUGUUUGUCCAUUUUUCUUAGCCGUCUACGUUAUCAGGACGAUGGUGAAAAACGAGCCGGAGAAGUCAUCAGACCGGCCUGACAACACUGCCUUCACCCAGCAGAGGCUUCCAGCAUGGCAGCCCAUUCUCUCUGCAGGAAUUGUUAUUCCAGGGUUUGUCCUUAUUGGGCUGGCAUUUAUCGGCGUUGGAGUUGCUCUCUUCAUCACUUCAAGGGACAUCCAGGUGCUGGAGUUGGACUACACUGGUGUGGAAUCAAGCAAUCCCUGCUCUAAGUGCACUGACCCAAAUGUCAGAAAUUGCAUUUGCACCAUAGUGUUUUCCCUUGACACUCUGUUUAAGGGACCUGUCUUCAUGUAUUAUGGCUUAACUAAUUAUUUCCAGAACCAAAGAAGGUAUGGGGUUUCCAGAGACGAUAAUCAGUUGUAUGGAGACCUGGAUUACUUUAAAAGUCCUGGUAGUGAUUGUGCCCCCUUUGACUAUGACGACAACAACAGACCAAUCGUGCCCUGUGGAGCCUUGGCUAACAGCAUGUUCAACGACACCUUUAAGCUCUUUCGGAAUGUCAACGGAGAUAAAAAGCCAGUGCCCCUCGAUGGAAAAGGGGUCGCUUGGUGGACCGACUACAAUAUCAAAAACCGGAAUCCCAGCGUGAAACCGCUGAAGAACGCCUUCAAUGGAACUGUUAAGCCUAUAAACUGGCAAAAGCCUGCUUAUGAGCUGGACACAAACGAUGAGUUUAACAACGGCUUCAUCAACCAAGACUUCCUGGUCUGGAUGAGGAGGGCAGCUCUUCCAGAUUUCAGGAAGCUGUAUCGACGAAUCACAGAUGAUGAAUACGAAAAUGGUCUACCAGCUGGAAACUACUCUCUGGACAUUUCCUACAACUAUCACGUUGUGAGCUUCAACGGCAGGAAGAAGGUGGUGCUCAGCAACGUGUCUUGGAUGGGAGGAAAGAACGACUUCCUGGGCAUUGCUUACCUCGUAGUGGGUUCCCUGUGCAUCGUCAUGUCCAUCGUUAUGCUCAUCGUUUACGCAAAGUUCAAGUUCCCAGAAGACGACUGAGCAGCUUUAAAAGGCAGCUUCCGGCUCACUGGUAUCAGAUGUAGUAUCAGAAUGACCUCUGAACUAAAACUGCAAUGUUUAUUUCAGGAUUUUUGAGUUUUCUUUUGUUAUCUUUGUUUUUUCAUUAUAGCUUAUUUUAUCUCCAGAGUUUGAGCUGCUUCCUCCUGGGAGGUCAGUUAUCUUAAAGCCAUAUUUCUUUAUGAAAAUCCAGUUAAAACUUAUUAUGUUGUUACCUUUAGGUAGUUUUCAUGGAGAUGUUGUAAAAACUGUAAAUAUUUCCAUCUUACUCAGGGAAAUGGUGUGAAAGCUAUCCUUAUGUUUUCUGGUACUCAAAGAUUUUGUCUUAACUUUUAGUAUUCCUUGAAACGGUUGACGUUAUCUUGAUAUUUAUUGAAUAAAACAACAAGAUCUUAUUUA